CCUUUAGUGGGGUUGUUUGUGGUCUUGAGACUAUUGGAAAUGCUUCAGCUUCUUGUGUCAUUUUCAUGGAGGACAUUUUCUUGAGUGUCAGAGAGCAGUAAUGUCAGCGCACAGCAGUGAGUCGGCGGACAACAGCUGUGAACUUGCAGAGAGUGAAAGGUAUCUGCCAUGUUCUGGUCUCGUCUCGGCUAAAUUAACCAUUGUGGUCGGGGACACUCACUUCUCUGAGGAGAAGAUGUUACUCGUUCAGAGCUGCGACUACUUUCGAGCUCUGUAUCGUUCUGGGAUGAGGGAGUGUCGACAGGAAGAAAUCCACCUCAAGUCUCUGCGUGCUCGAGGCUUCUUUAUCGCCCUGGCAGUUCUACGAGGUGAGAUGCCCAUCCUGGAUGCAGACGAUAUCGUCGAGGCCAUCGAAUGUGCUGCUUUCCUGCAGGUGGCACCGCUCACUAAGCACCUCAUCGACCGCAUUGACUCUGAUAAUUGCCUUCUGAUGUAUCACACCGCUGCAACCUUUGGCCUCAUGGAUCUUUACCACACUGCUGCGCUGUUCAUCCGAGACAUGUUCGUCGACCUGGAGGUGGAGGUCAUGAAAACCUUACCGUCAGAGCUGAUAUCCUACAUUGAGUCUCUGACCCCAAGUGUUUUCGCGGCUGUGGGCGCCCAUGUGACGUGUGGCGUGGAUGAAACUGUACAUGCCGCCUCCAGGACGAUUUGCUACCUGGAUGAAACUGGAAAUAAUUGGAAAGUGUUAACAGAUCUUCCACUGGAGGCCAGCACUUCCAUGGCCGGAGUGACCGUUCUAGAUAACAACCUCUACAUCGUUGGAGGAGUUCAUGGUGUCCAUAAACAAGCUGUCGACUCUUGUUUCUGCUACAGCGUUGAAAACAACAGCUGGAGCAGGAUUGCCAGUCCGGCACAGCUGCGCUACAAUCUCAGUCUUGUCGGCGUGGACGGUCGACUUUACGCUCUUGGAGGAGAAUAUGAGCGAACAGUGAUGUCGUCUGUGGAAACCUUUGACGUGAAGACCGGGAGGUGGACGUUUGUUGCUCACUUACCUCAGCCGGCAGCAGGAGUGGCAUGCACCAAGACUAUGAGAAGGAUAUUUGUGUGUUUGUGGAGGCCGAUGGAGACGACGGAGAUCUAUGAGUACAUCUCAGGGAAAGACGAGUGGCGGUUGGUUACCACGCUGAUCAGACAACAGAGCUAUGGCCACUGCAUGGUCGGCCACAGGGACAACUUAUACGUCAUGAGGAAUGGUCCAUCUGACGACUUCCUGAGGUGUCUGAUGGACUGUUACAAUCUGAGCUCGGGUCAGUGGUCGUCGCUGCCGGGACACUUUGCCAACAGCAAAGGUUCUCUGUUCACCGCUGUGGUGAGAGGCGACUCUGCGUUCACGCUCAACAGGAGCAUGACUCUGGAGUACACCAUCAACGGCAAAAACUGGAAGCCCCGACAACAGAUGAAGGGUUUUCCCAGGAGUGGAUCUAUGUGGACAUUUCUGCUUCGGCUGCCUGAUGCUCUCAUGCUGCAGCGGUGACUCCAUUUGUUCGGAGAUUCAUUGGAUCAUCAACGUCUUCUUACCUGUGUUUCAGAAAAUGUAAAGGAUUCUUACCGUUUAUUUCAGCUGUUGGUUUUCAUCAGUUUGUUCAUCAUUUCUAAUAGUAAUGAUAAUGUUCUCACCAAGCCAGAGAUCUUGGAGUAGUCCUGGACUCAGACCUGAACAUUAAGACAAUUAGAAAGUCAGCCUACUAUCACCUUAAGAACAUAUCAAGGAUUAAAGGACUUACAUCUCAGCAGGACUUGGAAACACUUCCAUUCAUUUAUCCUCAGUUGACUCGACUACUGUAAUGGGGUGUUUACAGGUCUCUUAAAAAUAAAUAAAUAACCAGUUUAACAGCUGCAGUUAAUUCAGAACCUCCUGCUUGAGUCCUCACUAAGACCAAGAAAGUGGAUCAUAUCAGUCCAGUUCUCAGGUCUUUACCCUCACUUCCUGUCUGUUGGUUUAUAAAGCUCUGAAUGGUUCAGAGCCAAAACACAUCCAGACUCGUCAGGUCGUCAGGGACUAGCCUGGUCUUUCUGUCGCCAGAGUCAGAACUAAACCUGGAGAAACAACGUUCAGGUUUUAUCUGGAACAAACUCAGAGACCUGCAGGUCUGCUGAAACUCUCAGUUCCUUUAAAUAGAGGCUGACCUUUCUGUUCUCCACUGCCCUUUGUUAAUAUUAGUUAAUAAUCACUAAUUUCUUACACUGAACUGCAACUUUAACUCUUGCAUUUCUUAUUUUUUAUUUUCCAUGUAACUCUUUUUACUUUCUGAGUAUUUUCUUAUUUUGCUUUUCAUUUUGUCUUGAUGCCUUUCAUAUCACUUUGAAUUACCUUGUUGUUGAAAUAGUAAAAAUA